AUGUCUUCAAAGAAAAAAGAUCAACCUUGUGGAGCUGAUAACAGAAAAAAGAGAAAAAUGAAAGAUGACCAAGCAAAAUCUCAAGAGAACGCUUUAUUCAGGUACUUCAAAAAACCUGCAACUUCUGAUGGAUUUGUAGAAAAUAAUGAUACAAAACAUGUGGUUCUUGGAGAUGAUGGAGUGGAUGAGAAUAUAAAUGAGUAUCAAAGAGAAGAAGCAGGUGUUGAACCAGAAGAUGUCAAUGCAGUGAAUGAAGAAGAUGAUUGGGCUGAACUAGAUCUCAUGCUGCAGAAGAAUCAGACCAUUGACAAAUAUGCUCAAGAUGAACUCAACAAAGAGAAAAUUCAUUGGAGACAAGUGUUGCUUAGGAUUAUUACUGUGGUAAAAACGCUUGCUAAACAAAAUUUAGCGUUUCGGGGAAGCAACGAGAAAAUUGGAGAAGAAGGUUGUGGGAAUUUUUUAAGUUUUAUAGAGAUGAUUGCUGAUUUUGAUCCUGUGAUGAUUGAGCAUCUAAGAAGAUAUAAAGAGGGUGUAUCUCGUAAUCAUUAUCUCAGCAACAGAAUUCAGAAUGAGUUAAUAGCUUUGUUAGCCAAUGAGAUCAAAGGUAUGAUUGUCAAAAAAAUUCAAAUUGAUGAUACAUCUGGUGAAGGACUUUUUCUUGAGCUUCAAGCUGUUUUGGCUGCUUUUGAUUUAAAAAUUGAUGAUGUGAGGGGACAGGAUCACGUGGAUGGCCUUACACUUAAGGCUUUAUCACACACUCGCUGGGAGAGCCAUGUGGAAAGUGUUAAGGCAAUACGGUUUCAGGCUCCUAAAAUCAUGAAUGCGUUAGUGUACAUUGCUGAAAAUAGUGAUGACCCGAAAGAGCAGAGCGAAGCUGAAUGUCUUGCAAUAAGUGAAACACAUGGAAUUGGAAGUUUUGAGUUCUUAGUUUCCAUGGUUAUUUGGUAUAAUCUUUUAUAUGUUGUUAACAUUGUGAGCAAGAGUUUGUAG